UAUGACUGUUUCCGGGUUGCUGGGUGACCUUGAGGUUUAAGGAGCGAGAUGGCGAGCAUCUGGAGGCUGGGUGUCCUCUGCGGUGCCCAAGGAGGCCGAGCUCUCUUCCGGACCCCAGUGGUCAGACCUGCUCAAAUCUCGGCAUUUCUCCAGGACGAACCUACGCCAGGAUGGUGUGGAAUACAGCACAUUCAUCUGUCACCCAGCCGCCAUUCUGGUUCCAAGGCUGCUUCUCUCCACUGGACUGGUGAGAGGGUUGUCAGUGUUUUGCUCCUGGGCCUACUUCCAGCUGCUUAUCUGAAUCCUUCCUCUACGAUGGACUACUCCCUGGCUGCAGUCCUCACUCUCCAUGGUCACUGGGGCCUUGGACAAGUUGUUACUGACUACGUGCACGGGGAUGCAUUGCAGAAAGCUGCCAAGGCAGGCCUUUUAGCACUCUCAGCUUUUACCUUUGCUGGGCUUUGUUAUUUCAACUAUCAUGAUGUGGGCAUCUGCAAAGCUGUUGCCAUGCUGUGGAAGCUCUGACCUUUUUGACUUACUACCUUGAGAAUUGAUUGUACACCUCUUUGCCUCUGCUCUGUCAUGCCAUUCAUCUCACAAUAAGGAGGAAAUAACAGAUAAGUCCAUUGGUGAGAUAAACCUCUUCUCCUAAUCACCCGAUUAGUUUUGGAAUUUAAUCUAUGAGGCAAAGGUUUGAGAGGAAUUGUAUCCAAGAAAAUGUGAGACUGAAUUCCAUAUCCUGGUGAGUUACUGAGGUUGUCUUCCAGCCUCCCACAAGAUUCACAGUUUAACCGAACAUUAUGUAUGAGCUUUUGCAUUUUAAUUUUUCAAACUCUUGAAGGGAAUUCAGCUUUAUUACUGUCAAUACCUGAUCAAACUUCUCUAUUUGCCCUAGGAAAUACGGAGAAAGGGAAAGCUAUUAAUUCAUAAGUAAAGACUGCAGAAAGUUAGGCGGCACUUAAUGUUUGGAAACUUCCCCUUUGGUUCAGUUGAUACCAGUCACUGAUGGUUAUAACGUCUAGGAAAUGCUGAUAUUUCACAUUACUAACUUCUAAAUUCUGGGAAAAAGAGCCUGGAGAGCUUUUGAAUAUAGAGAAAUUCCAUGUAGGGAAGAGGUCCCUUGUAUCAAAAUAUUACAGAUUCUAAACUGAGACUUAAUCCUCAAAUGUGUUCAUUUUACUUGUCCUGAAAUGUCCACAAAUAUAAGGCUUUAAGUAAUAAAUUGUUAUUUUCCCACUGUGAGACUCUUUAAUGUGAAAUAUAUUCUCUGAAAAUAAAAGUUUUUUAAAAAUAAAAUUCUAUAAAAUAAAAA